CCACACAUCUAUGGGUCCGGCAGGUUUGAGGAGCUGUCCAACCUGAUCCGGACCAUCCGUAACGCGAUGAAGAUCCGCGACGUGACUCGAUGCCUCGAGGAGUUUGAGCUGCUGGGACGAGCCUACGCCAAAGCCAGGGGGGUGCUGGAUAAGGAGGGGGUGCCCAGGUUCUACAUCAGGCUGCUGGCUGACCUGGAGGACUACCUGAAUGAGCUGUGGGAGGACAAGGAAGGCAAGAAGAAGAUGAACAAGAACAACGCCAAAGCUCUCAGCAGCCUCAGGCAGAAGCUCCGCAAGCACAACAGGGACUAUCAGGGGCUGCUCAACGCAUACAGACAGAACCCCGAGCAAUCGGCCGAUGAGGACGAGGAGAAGAAGAGCCGCGACUCUGAGGGCUCGUCCAGCUCUGGGGAUGAUGAUGACGAUGGUCUCGGUGCUGCCGCCUUCCUCAAGAAGAAAGAUGGGGGGAGAGCAAAGAGAUCCGAGGUAUGGGGGGCACUUAUGGG